GCCCUAAAAAUGACCUCCUUCCUCCUUUGGUCGUAAAUUUUUCCCCGCAGCAUAAACACUCAAAUCUGCUAAAAGCCAUUACAAAAGAUGCCGGAGUUGCAAAUAUCAGGUUCCUCUAUCAUUCUCUUUUAAAUUUUUUACUGAACAUUUUAUUAGGUUUUACAAAGAAAAUCCCCAAAUUUUAGUUUUGAUUCACAAAAAUGGAAGAAGAAACAAUAGAUCCACCAGAAUCAUCAUCACCAAAAUCAUAAGAAGACAGAUUUAGCUUGUUACCUAAUGCAUUAAUUCAUCAUAUCUUAUCAUUUGUUGAUGACAUGAGAAUCACAGUACAAAUGAGUAUCUUGUCAAAUAGAUGGAGACAUAUUUGGAAAUCUCUACCAGUUCUUAGUUUCAAGAACAAUCUGAUUGAAAUUAAUGGAUUUAGGCAUUUUGUUACUGCAGCACUCAUGCUUCACGACCAUACUGAUAUACGUACUCUAUCUUUUCUAUGGAUUGAUCCCCUUAAUACCGACAUUGAUAUAGUUCUGUCGUGUUAUUCGCUCCAAAUCUCUGGUUAAAGCUGGCGUUAAGAUUAUUGUACAAGAAAAAAGGAAUAAUCCAUACACAUAUUCAGAGCUUCCUAGCGAAUCGAAGGAUGUGUAUGCUAAGGCUAUGAUGCUAAUGCUAGAAAAAUUUCAUAACGUGAAAGAUCUAACAUUAUCUUCUCGUUUUAUACAGAUUAUCUCAAGAUCACUUAACUUAUCAAAGACCCAGCCCCCUCAACUGGCUAAUCUACGAUGUAUGUGGCUGCAUACUUUUCUUUCGAAGGGCUGUGCUCAAUCAAUAUUUUAUUCGCUGAGGAUUUCUCCUAAAAUAGAAUCUUUAUCUGUACAUAUAGCUAAGGAUUGCUUUGCCGAGCAAUCAGCAGACCUUUAUUGGGACGAGAUAAACUUUCCUCCAGAAAAUAUUGAAGAUUAUUGGAAGCCAGGGUUGACAUCACCGUGUGAGCCAUCGCACCUCAAAGUUGUUGAGCUGGUAGAUGUUUAUGGAUCCGUUAAUGAACUUCGGUUUAUUGAAAUUUUCUUAAAAUAUGCUGUCAAAUUGGAGAAAGUGGUUCUUUAUUGGAAUAGGGAUGGGUCAGCCAAUCUUAUGGAAAGAAUUAUGAAAUUUGAAGAGAAGCUACGUUCAUUUCCAAGAGCCUCUUCCAGGGUUUCGACUUUCUUCUACUAAAAUGUUCUUGGUGGUACACCAUGAUGUCAUUUUCUAUUUUAGGGUUUGGAUUUUGUGUUAUCUUGACAUAGUAAUAGUUAGGGCUGCACAUACUCCGGUACGGACCGGUUCUCUUAUGGAAUCGGUGUCUGUACUUGGUGUUGACCGGUACCUCUUUUUGAGUACCGGUACCUGUACUUGUACCUAGUGUUGUACCUGUAACGCCGGUACCGGUCCGGUACAAGAGCGGUACCGGUUUUUUUACUCGGAAAACGUUACAAAUUAAUACUAAGUUAUACAACAUUUCCAUAU